AUGGCGUCUUCGAUACCAACCAUCAAGUUCGAGGGCGACCACAAUGUCAAGAUGGAAGAUGUCAAUUCACCCUCAGCUGCGUCUGAGCAAUACGCAGACGAUGUAGAGGAUGACCCAGAACUCAACACAGAGAACGCGCACAAGAUACUAUGGAUGUCAAAACUACCAAAGUACCUAUGGGAAGCUCUCGAGAACGCCAACGACGAUGACGAGAUCGAAAUCGGCACGAUACGAGUGGAGGGCGCAUUCGACAAUCCUGAACGAGUCAGCUUGAUGCUGAACAAUGCGCAAAACUUUCAGAGCCUUGAGAAGGAAUACGUACUGAAGAAGCAGACUGGUCCAACAAGGAAGAUAAAACGACCUGGUCAAGUACUGAUGUUCUCGGAGAAGAAUAAGCCAGGUUACAAGCCGAGAGCAAGCUUCUGGGACGAUAUUGACGAGGAUGGGAACCCUGGGCAGGGUCGGUCACAGUUGUAUGAACAGGGAAUCAAGGAUGAGAAGAGAAAGGAGAGUAAAGGGAGAUAUACACCUUACCAGCGCAAACCAAUUCCUAAAAUCACGGCGUUGUCAGGAACAGUAUUUCAGGAAUUCGAGGCUGCAGCUGUAGACAACGCCGAACACAGACGUCUUGACGGCGAAAGGACACGAGACGCGCUGAAAGUCAAGGAGAAAGCCGCUAUUGAGAUCAAGGACGAUAUGGAUGCUAAAUUGCACUAUGGCUCCAUGGUCACUGCUUCGGAAAGACAAAACAUUGUCAGGUCUGGACAGAACAAAAGAGCUGCAGCCAAAGAAAAUCGCACAACACAAGAGGAUAAGGCCGUGGUCAUUCCCAAAAUCCUCGAUCUCUUCCGUCAACACAAAUACUGGGGUCUUCGAGAUCUACGCCUGGCGCUCAGACAACCCGAGCAAUCGAUCAAAAACUGUUUGGAAGAUAUCGCAGUCAUGCACCGAGCUGGCGAUUUCAAUGGUAAAUGGGAGCUUAAGCCUGACCUCAAGGUUGAUGACGAUGCUCUGUUGAACGCUCUUGGAGAAGCACCGAAGAUGGAAGAGUCAGAUAUGGACAUGAAGAGUGAAGGGGAAGAUGAUGACUUUGAGGAUGUUGACACGAUGGGAUGA